AUGUAUAAGAUAAGCUAAAUCCUCUAAUCGAGCAUCGUUGAUGUAGUAGAAAAAGCAGCAAUUAAUGAAUCAUUGAGUACAGAAUUAAAAAUAUACUAAUUAGAACAAAAUUUCGAAUUUACUCAAAUGAGUACUCAAAAUAUUCAGAGACUUAUACAUACUAUGAAAGAAAAUAUACUAGAGCUGAGCUAAUACUCACUACAAGUAGUAUAUAAAUGCAAAUAGAAACUGAUUUCCAGCAAGCUACUUACUAAAAAGAUAAAUAAUUAUUAAAGAUUACCUAAAGGAGAACUAGGAUAAUCUAUUGAAUUGAUAAAUCUACUUUAAAACCCAGAAACUGUUGCUAUAGAGCAUAAAUAAAACAUAUCUUCAUUUGCAAAAUAAUGA